AUGCAACAACAUCAGCAGCAGCAUCACCACUAUAUUGAUAGACGACGACCCCGACUGAUGGACAGUAGUCAUAAGACUAGAAAUGAUGAUUUCUAUACUAAAUUAGAACGUAUACGUUUAACUGCAGCAGCUUCUUCUUCAAAACAGUGUUCACAUCGUUCAGCAACAGAAUUAUUAGAUGAAUCAAAAGCAUUUUUUGUUAAAAGUCAAGAAGUUUUACAUAAACGACAAUCACUGCUAAAUAAUAAAACAUUAAAUGAACAACAACAACAGAUUACACCAUCAUUUCGAAUAACAAAAUCACGUCGUUCUCCUUAUCAAGAUUACGAAUAUGAAAAUGACCGGUUUCGACUAGAAUCUUUAGAUAUUCCAUUACGAUCUUCCACACCUCCGAUAUCUACUCCAAACUCAACAACAAAUUUUUCUGAUUGUGGAGCAGUUGAAAGUGUUAGUCUAUUAUCACUUUCGGAUCAAACGACACUUGAUAGUGCUAAUAGUCCAUCAAAUAUAAGAAGAACAGUUAUACCAUCAACAUCGUUAUCUGUGAUUGAACGUAAUGCAAGAAUAAUCAAAUGGCUUUUUCAAUUAAAUAAAGCUAAUGCAUCACCUUCGUUUCAAGAAGUUCAAUAG